AAAGUGAUUAUUUCUAGGCAGAGACACUCGUGUCAACUGAAUUCAUUUAUUUAUUCCCGGAGAAGUUUUGUUUUUAUUAAUUAAUUUUUUUUUUUAAAAAAAAGGGGGGGAGGAAAUAGCGAUAUACGAUUUUAUGGUUUUAACUGGAGUUGGAAGGCGGUUGAGUGGGGGGGCAUUUUACACAAAUUAAACAUGCUACUCUGCUUCGCCCUAUAAGCAUCCAAGGAGCCUGUGCUUACCAAUCAAUUGGUACAGUCAAACAGAGCCGCCGCCAGCAGAGUGGAGACCUUCAGUCUCGCUUUAUUUCUGGAUAUUGGGGGACCUCUCUACCAUGUCAUAUCCACAAUUUGGAUAUCCCUACUCGUCUGCUCCGCAAUUCCUGAUGACCACCAACUCUCUGACCACUUGCUGCGAGUCCACCGGCAGAUCCAUUGCCGACUCCGGAGUAGCGGCGUCCGGACAGACACCAGUCUACUGCCCCGUGUACGAGAGCCGGCUGCUGGCCACGGCGAGGCACGAACUCAGCUCAGCCGCCGCGCUGGGCGUGUACGGGAGCCCCUACACCGGCGGUCAAGGCUAUGGGAAUUACGUUACAUACGGCACGGACGCCUCGGCUUUCUACUCGCUGGGUACAUUUGACACUAAAGAUGCCACAGCUUCUGCGCAUGCGGGGAUAACACAGGCGACAGCCUACUACCCUUACGAUCCUACUCUGGGACAGUAUCAAUAUGACAGAUAUGGCUCCAUGGACGGGGGAACCAGGCGGAAGAAUGCCACGCGUGAGACGACCAGCACGCUGAAGGCCUGGCUGCAGGAGCACCGGAAGAACCCGUACCCGACCAAAGGGGAGAAGAUCAUGCUGGCCAUCAUCACCAAGAUGACCCUGACGCAGGUCUCCACCUGGUUCGCCAACGCCAGGAGGAGGCUCAAGAAGGAGAACAAGAUGACGUGGCCGCCCAGAAACAAGGGCUCAGAGGAGAAAAGAUACGAGGACGACGAGGAUGGGUCUCAGGAGGAGCAGAUAAAAAGCGAGAAUAAUGAUGAUGAGACCAGAAGUCGGGCUGAUAAGGACCUCCAGUUGAGCGACUUGGACGAUUUCGACACGUUGGAGUCUGAGAACUCGGAGUGUGAGCUGAAGCACCGAUACCACAUGAACACGCACAUGUCAACGACGACGCCAGACUGCCCCGCCGAACACCUCAUCAAAGACGCGUCUCUGAAAAUCUCCAUCCCGGUUUCUCUCGGAGGGGAGCAGGACUUGAGCAAAAGUUGUCUCAAAACGAGCCCAGAGGACUUCCAGCCGGACAGCAGGCAGCAGGCAAAGGCGUGCUAUAAUCAGCAGCAGCAGCAGCAGCAGCAAGGGCACCAGAUAUUAGACGGCAAACCUCGGAUCUGGUCCUUGGCCCAGACCGCGACGUCCUUAAACCAGACUGAGUACCCAUCCUGUAUGCUGAGGUGCCAGCCGCCGCCCUCCUCCCUCACCCCGUCCCCCGCCGCUACCUCACCCGUAACUGGCCUUGACAACAGGCAGGACUCGCCGGUCACGACCCUGAGAAACUGGGUGGACGGGGUUUUCCACGACCCCCUGUUCAGGCACAGCACUUUGAGCCAGGCUCUGACCAACACCACCGUCUCUUGGACCACGAACACCAAAGGCGCCAUUCUGGAGGCUGAGAGGGGCUCGGCGGCCUUGCAGCAGCACCAAGACAAAGACAGUGCCAUGAGUUUCCCAAAAACUAUCAACAAACUUUUCUGCUCCUAACAAAACCAAAUGACCCUUCACUGCAAAAAGAUAGGGAAAGAGAGAGACUUUUUGUGACUGAAAGUCGGCUGGAUAAGGCGUCCUCCAUGGUUCUCUCGUUUUAUGUUUUACUCGCUUUUAAAAGCAACUGUAGCCAUACGCUGUUACAUUGGAGUUGCAGAAGUGAAACAUCCCGAUCGGUUUGGCUUAUUUGAUUCAACGCACGCACAAAACUUUUCGCAAUGUAUAACUAAAAGUUUACAGCUUGGCGGGGGUGGAAAAAAAGGCCUAAGGUUUACAUGAUUUUUUUUUUUCUUUUUUUUCAAAAUUUCUUUACUAUGCGCAUGCAAAUGUAAUUGAAUAUUAUUUAGGUCUCAGCAGCUGAAUAUCACUAUAAAAAAAAAAAAAAAAAAAAAAAAAACGUAAAAAGAAAAGUCUCACAAAUGCACUGCUCUUCCAGGAAGUGGAUGAGAGCGUUUCAACUUUGUUCACUGAAAAUAAAAGCAGUCGGUUUCUGAA